AUGGAAAUCUCCAUAAACGUGCUCGGGGAAGAUUUCAACAAAUUUCUAAUUCAGAUAAAAGGAGUUAUGGGUUCCGAAUCAUUUGAAUUCUUUUUAAAUAUGGAUAAAAAGUUUGAUUCUGAUAAAAUAGACAAUAUUUUUGAAAAUAGUGGAAAUAAAAAAAGAAAAAUUGGUUCAUUUACUAUAUCUAAUGAUGAAAAUGCAUUGAGAGUCAGUAAAAAUAAGGGUAAUUUACGUAAGUCAAAUGUUAAAGAUAUAAAAAAUACAAAAAACAAGAAAAAAAAAGGUUCUCAUAAUGGGGAAAAAUCAUUUUCUAAUAUUAAAGAACAUUUACCCAGUUUUGCAAUAGGGCCUAACUGGGGGCCAGUGGGAUGGUCUAAAAUGAAUAAAUAUAAGAGUUUGAAAUUGCAAGAUGAAAAGUUUUAUGUUGGAGAUUGUGUGUUUAUUAAUAAUUCUGAAGAAAAAUUAACAGAUAAUUUUGAUUUUGAUCGGUUUUGGAUUGCUAAAUUGCUUGAAAUUCGUGCAGAAAAUGGUCAAAAUGUAUGGGUUAUGUGUCAAUGGUAUUAUAAACCUGAAGAACUUCCUGAAGGACGAAAAUAUUAUCAUGGAGAAAUGGAAUUGAUAGAAUCUGAUUAUUAUGAAAUUAUAGCAGCAAAUACGAUUUCAAGUAAGGUUAUUGUCAAAUUUUGGGAUGAAGAAAAGGAAUUUGAAUUAAAAGAUGAUGAGGAAGACAAUAGUUGUGAUAAUAAACAAGCUUUAGAUAAUACAGAUGAUAUACCUGAAUUUUAUUGGAGACAGCGUUUUGGGGGAAAUUCUACAAAUCCUAAACUUACACGUCUAACUUCAAUAUGCAAAUGUAAAAAAUACCAUAAUCCGGAUAAAAUAUUGUAUGCAUGUUAUACUUGCAAAAAUUGGUUACAUGAUGAAUGUCUUCGUAAAGAUCUAAUUAAAAGUGGUGCACCAAAUGAUAUUGAUUUCAUUAAUAUGGAUAAUAAACCUUUAAUAGCAAAAAGUAAAAGUACUUCUAAGGAAUAUCAAGUAAAAUGUCUUCUAUGUCAAUCAGUCUUAAUUUGA